AUGGACCACUUUACGAGGUAUGCUCAAGCUUACGCGACUCGUGACAAAUCAGCCAAGACCGCUGCAAACAAGCUCUAUAACGACUUUAUCUUGCGCUAUGGCUUCCCUGAGAGGAUACACCACGACCAAGGCGCUGAGUUCGAGAAUAAACUUUUCUUUAACCUGGAAAAAGUAAGCGGAAUUAAACACUCUCGGACAACCCCUUAUCACCCCGAAGGUAAUGGGCAAGUUGAACGAUUUAAUAGAACGCUCUUGUCAAUGCUUCGGUCCUUGCCAGAAAAAUACAAAAGUCGUUGGCGUGAUCAUCUCCAGAAAGUCGUACAUGCAUUCAAUUGUACCAGAAAUGACGCGACAGGAUACUCCCCAUUCCUCCUACUCUUUGGCAGACCCCCGCGAUUGCCAAUUGACCUUAUGUACGGUCUGAAACCCCCACCUGGCCAUAGCACUUAUCCUGAAUAUGUCAAGAAAUGGCGAGAAUCGAUGUCCGAAGCAUACCAACUUGCAUCUGAAAAGGCAGAAAAGAACGCUACGAGUGGGAAAGUGCAAUAUGACAAGAAAGCUAAGAGUACGAGUCUACAACCCGGUGAUUGUGUGUUAAUACGAAAUGUGAAAGAAAGGGGUGGUCCCGGCAAGUUACGGUCGUAUUGGGAAGACAAAGUUUACAAAAUCGUGCGUCGGAAAUCAAAUGAGAUUCCCGUGUAUGAAGUCAUUCCUGAGAGUGGCGGGGAGAAGACAAGAGUACUGCAUAGUACGUAUCUUCCUGUGGAGAAUGCUAUUGUGAAACCAGCUCAGUUAAAGAAGAAAAAGAAGAGUGAGAAGGAGAAACAGGGACACACAAGAUUAUCAGACAGAUAGUGAAGACGAGUUCGGGAUUGCUACGUUUGCACCUGAAUUAACGCGGACAGACCCAGAGGAUGAAUUCGUGCCAGUGUCGGUUGAAAAUGAAGCCCAGCAGAGUGUUGAGGAAGCUGUACAAGAAGGUGCCACACCAGAAGAACUAGCUCAAGAGAGUCAAGCGGCGACUGGUACCACGGUAGCAGCGGAGGCUGAGACACAAGUUGAUUCACACCCAGUUAGUUCACAACGAGUACGACGACCACCAACCAGACUGGGAUAUGGCAAUCUGGGCCAACCAACGGAACAUUGGACCAGUAUUAACGCGGUCCAUGCACCUGCCACAAACAACAUGUAUCUACACCAAUACCCUGUGCUCCCGACACCUCCAAUACCGUUCUUUCCCCCAAUAUUUCCUAUGUCAUUACCUGUAUUUCCAUUAUAUUGGUCAAGUUGGCAAGGACCAAUUAUGCCAUUAAACAUAUGGUGUUAGACACUGAUAUCAAGAGUCACGAAAUCAGAAAACGAAAAUUGUUGAAAUUGCCAUCAUGUUGCGAAUAAUGACUGUUAGAAAACAGAAACAAUAAAACUUUACAAGAGUUAAAUUUCCAGGAAAAGUUCCUGACCAACAAGAAGUGAAAGCGGGGCCCGAAAAGAUAAAGAAACACUUAGUUUAGAUUACUGUCUAGGUUCAAUAUUUGUGAGUCUGAUCAACCCACACAGUUGACCAAGAAGUAGCCAAGAUGAGUACAGACUAUAGCGUUAAAUGUUGGGCUAUAUAUAAAGAUAAUAAGGACAGCUUAAAUUAUAGGAGGGGUGAGUGUAGGAUGCCCAUUAGCAAUACGUCAUGUAACAUUAGUUAAAUAGGAACUAUUGCAUCAUGCAGUUGUGACAGUUACCAUAGUAACGAGAAAGGACAGACAAACAGAUUUCCAAGAUGGCGAUUAGUCAACCACGUUGUUAUUAAUGUUCACAUUGUUUUACGAAAUAAAUUGUGC